AUGCUGCAUUCGCGAGAGAGGGCGGAUGCUUCAACUGAGGGGAGCGGGAAUCCGGUGUCAGCAAUCCAUGUCGAACUCUACUCGCAUUCGAAUUUUGGUUGCAGUGCUGGUUGUGUGCUGGUGGAGCCAAGCGCCUCUUGCUGGAUCAACCAGUUGAAUUGGAGAUGGCUAAAACCUGUGAUUCAAUCUGCAGAUGGUCUUAAUAUCGAUUGCGGAUCAAGCUCUAGUUACACUGACCCAGUAUCGGAAAUCCAAUGGGUGUCGGACGUGCCCUUCAUUUCUACAGGCGAAAGCCAGACAAAUCUUAGGACAUCCAACGCAUCAAACUAUGGCGAACUGAAAUCCUUAAGAUCCUUCCCUGACUACCGAUUCACCAAGAAUUGCUACACUCUGCCUGUGAUAAAGAAUAAAACCUACUUGCUAAGAGCUUCCUUCGCCUUUGAAAACUUCGACAAUAGCCUUAAGCCCCCCACGUUCCAAUUGGCACUUGAGGGGACUAUUGUUGGAAACAUUACCAGGACUUUAACUGGAUUGGUGUACAAAGAGCUCGUUUACAUCGCCCAGGGUAACACUACUUUCCUGUGUCUGGUGCGAGAUGGUUCGGAGUCCACUCCUUUCAUUUCAGCGAUCUCGUUGAAGCUGGUUACGAAUGCCUACCUAACGUCAACUACAAGCCUUAGAAAGUAUGUGGAGGAGAGGAAGUUUAUGACGACACGAACGAGGAUAAAUUUUGGUGGCAAUGUUCUGAUCAGGUCUCCAUCUGAUGCUUACGACCGUUACUGGCACCCAGAGGGCUCUUCUUCCAGUUACUUACGAUCUACAGCCAAGCCGGUACAAUCCUUGGCCACUGCAACUGCCAUUAAUGGCUUGCAAACCCCUUUAGAACCCCCUUCUGCAGUCCUGCAGACUGCGGUUACCACAACCGGUAAUCUCACAUCUUACGUGCUAGCGCCAGGUUCUGAGACUUAUUACUCAACGCUUCUUAUACUCCACUUUGCUGAACUGGAUGCGUCGGCCACGAUGACGACGAGACAAUUUUAUAUCUCUGUCAGUCGCGGCUUAUCCCCGACGUUGGUGAAUCCUUUCAAUGCCACCAAUCCACCGAAACCAUUUCAGGUGUUGGGGUGGUCAUCGUCUGAUCAGACGAUUGGCCCAACUACCCAGGUUGUUUUGUAUCCUACUGCGGUUUCACAGAAAGGGCCCAUUUUGAAUCUUCGACUUUUGAAUUUUGGUCGCCUUGGAGCUUUACACAGUUUCGAAUCUUCGACUUGGCAACAUGCUAUGAUCAAGUCGUUAAAUCAAUCGGUUGGAUAUCGUGUAGUUCUUGCAAUUGAAAUCACCAAGGCGACCAUGAAUCUCACCGAGUGGACGGGCGACCCAUGCCUUCCUACCUCACAUCCGUGGGUCAAAUGUAGCCAAGGAAAUCAAGAGCUAGCAGCACCUGAAAUUAUAGAAGUAAACUUGACGGGAUACAAUUUGAAUGGUUCCAUAUCCCCUAGCUUUGCGGAUCCCCUCGCUCUGACCAAUUUGUCCCUCAGCCACAACUCAUUCGUAGGGUCAUCGCCAGAUUUAUCGCCAUUGAAAAACCUGAAAAUUUUACGCUUGGAGAAUAACAAUUUAAGCGAAGCCCUCCCUGAAUGGUUGACAUCCUUCUCACAGCUCAUGGAGUUAUCUGUGCAAAACAACAACUUCAGCGGUAAUAUUCCACCGAAGCUUCUUUCAUCGAAUACAUUGCUGUUUUCGUUUUGUCCUGGAAACCAGUUCCGGAAUAGUGGCUGCGACGGUAUGGGCGUCACUUCCAACUCCUCGAAACCUGCACAAUCAAAUCUAGUCGCUGUUAUUGGAGCCAGUGUAGGUGGUGUCUUGUUGCUUGUUUUAAUUAUUGCAGGGGUUUGCUUUGGCUAUCGUCGAUAUCAUCGUGAAGCCACCCAGGAAACCAUACCUUUUGCUAAUUUUGGUCCCCGUCAGUCUGAUGAAAACAUGGUUGAGGUGCAGGUUGAUCUUUUAUCUAGAGUUCAACACAAAAACUUGGUGGCAUUAAUUGGAUACUGUCAUCAAAAAAAUAAACAGAUCCUGGUCUAUGAAUACGUUCAAAAUGGCUCCUUACAUGAUCAGCUACACGGAACUCCAGAGAAUAUUAUAUACCUCGACUGGAGAAUGCGCUUGAAAAUCGCUCUUAAUACAGCAGAAGGGUUGGAGUAUCUGCACACUAUGUGUAAUCCGAGUAUUAUGCAUCGUGACGUAAAGAGCAGCAAUAUCCUACUCACGGGCCCCGACCACCCAGAAGUUGCUAUGGUUGCCGACUUUGGCCUCUCAAGAAGAGGGCCUCUCCAGAAUGCCACGCAUGUUUCCACCUUUGUGAAAGGAACAGCUGGGUAUCUUGACCCCCAGUAUUACGACACUCAAAAGCUGACCCUCAAAAGCGAUGUGUUCAGCUUUGGUGUAGUGCUUCUAGAAUUGCUGACUGGGCGGAUACCCAUUAAUCCCAAGCUUGCCAACCGAGACGAAUGGAAUCUCUGCUCAUGGGUUCGAAUGACUAUGGAAACUGGUAACAACCUCGAUAAAAUCUUGGACUCGGCCGUAAGAGCCUCCAAUCCCAACCCGGAGUCUCUGAUGCGAUUUGUAGAGAUCGCCUUGCGGAGUGUUGAACCCAAAUCUAUCCACAGACCUACCAUGACUGAAGUGGUUCGAGAGAUCCGCACCGCCAUCAUGUUGGAAGGCUCUCAGACUGAACAUUCGUCUCGCGGCCAGCGUGAGUCCUCACACAAGCAAAAUCUCCUGAGCUCUUCCGAUCACUCGUCCAAUGCAUAUUCCACAAAUGGAACAGUGCUAUCUCCGAGAUGA